AUGGGCGUUUCGGGCGCCGGCCGUGGGCCAACAGCUUGGCGUGUGGUAUAUAUACACCAGGCCAACAUCCCUUGUCGCAUUGUUCUGCCCUACACGCUCCUCGUCCCACUCCCGCCCAUCCUCACGCUCGUUUCCUUGGCCAUCUUGCGUGCCAUGGGCGCCUAUUCUUCAGAUUCCGGAGGGACAAUGUCCAGCCAGGACUAUACUCUCAAACGCUUCCCGUGGAGGAACAAGACUACGCCAUGGGCCGAUCUUGUCAAUCACGAGUACAAGGGGAGCGGCACAGAAACCGAUCCCUAUGUGGUCGUGUGGCUGCCUGACGAUGCCGAAAACCCGUUGACCUUCAAGCCACGUUACAAAUGGAACAUCACCAUCCUCGCUGCAAUGGGCACCCUGGCUGUCAGUAUGGGCAGCUCAAUGUUGAGUGCCGCCAUCACAGCUAUUGAGGAAGCAUUCCCGGGCUUCAACACCAUGCUCUACAUUAUGGUUACGGGCAUUUACGUUCUUGGAUUUGUGGUGGGCCCGUUGCUUUGGGCACCAGCUUCAGAGAUCUUUGGACGCCGUUCCAUGUUCAUCAUCACGUACAUUCCCUUCACCGCCUUUUGUGCUGCUGUGUGCGGAGCCAAAGACCUCAAUACAUUGCUCGUGUUGCGCUUCUUUGCAGGCACCUUUGGCAGCAGCACCAUGACCAACGCUGGUGGCAUCAUUGCCGACAUGUUUGACCCAAAGCAACGCGGUCUUGCCAUGGGUGUCUAUUCGAUCAUGCCCUUCCUCGGUCCCACCAUUGGCCCCGUCGGCGGUGGCUUCCUUUCGCAGGCCGCCAAAUGGGAGUGGGUCGGCGCGGUCAUCGCCGCCUUUGCUGGCAUUCUCACCAUCAUCUCCACCAUCCUCCUGCCGGAGACGUACGCACCUGUUCUUCUGCGUCGCCGCGCCACUCGACUUUCCAAACACACCGGCCUGGUGUAUCGCUGCCAACAUGACGUGGCCAAGCCCCUUCAUACAAAACAGCUGUUCUUGAAUCAGCUCCGUGUCCCUUUGGUCCUCCUCUUUACUGAGCCUGUCGUCUUACUUACGUCUCUCUACCUGUCUGUGGUGUACGCCAUUCUCUACAUGGAGUUUACAGCUUUCCCUAUCGUGUUCCAAGGUCAUCGUCACUGGUCACCAGGCAUCAGCGGGCUGGCAUUUGCCGGUGUCACAGUUGGAGCCUUCCUAGCUCUGGCGGUCCUGAUGUUCUAUAUCAACCCUGCAUACGCCAAGGCCCAUCAGAAGAAUGGCUACAUGCCACCGGAGGCCCGCUUGCCUGGCGCCAUUGCCGGCGGCUUCCUGCUUCCUAUGGGUCUCUUCAUCUUUGCCUGGACUUGCAUGCCCGUCCGCAUUCACUGGAUUGCGCCCAUUAUCUCGACUGUCCCGUACGGGGCUGGUCUUGUGCUCCUCUUCCUCAGCGUGUCAAACUAUGUUGUCGACUCGUAUCUGCUAAUGGCCGCGUCGGUGCUGGCCGGCGGAACAGUGAUGCGUUCAAUCCUUGGUGUCGUGUUCCCCCUGUUUACCGCCGACAUGUACACCAACCUCGGUCCCCAGUGGGCCGGCACGCUCGUCGCCUUCCUUGCCCUCGCCUUUGCUCCGGCUCCAAUCCUCCUGUACAUGUACGGCCGCAAACUUCGCCGCAUGACCAAGAUUGGUCGCGAGGCAGACGACCUUGGUGUGAUGAUUGUCAAGAUGAUGCAAGCUCAGCAGGCAGCUGACCAACAUGCUGCUCAUCCUGAAGUUCACCGAUCGCCCGACGAAGACGAAGAGGAAGCCAUUGCCCGUUCCAUCGCAGACAUGGACGAGGAGACCGCCCUGGACACGAUGGUGGAGUUGGUCCGGACGGAGACACGCAAGACACAAGCGUCUCAGCGCUCGGGAUACGGUGAAGGGGAGAAGCAGUCGUAA